AUGGCGUUCAAAUCGUUCAAAUACAAGUUCUACUCCAAGGGGUACCAUUGCUCUGCAGCUCAGAAGUCCGCGACUGCAUUUUUCGAUAGCUCGUAUCAAUAUCUUCGCCGGAACCAAGGCCUGGUGAACCAAGAGUCUUCGAUACCUUCUUCUCAUGCUGCUGGAGUUAAUCCACAUCCGGUUGUGGUUGCGAAUGUUAAUUACAGCACUGUAGAGCACAUCUUGCAGGUGGAGGCUGCUGAGGACUGCGGUGGAAAUGUGAAAAAGGAGGGCGAGUCUAGUGGCGAGGAUAACUCUAAGGGUCCACCAGAGGGUAGAAGGGCCAGUGUAAGUGGCAAAGGUGCUGUACAUGCUGGCCAGCGUCUCAGAUCACGGGGAAAUAACGAAAAUCUUCCGCUACUGCCGAAUCAAAAGAAUUUAGUCAUUGAUCAAAAGCUUUCACAGAGUUAUUAUUCCACCACGGCGACUGAUGCCGGAAAGCCCUCGCAGGUGGCAAAUUUACCUGCAGAGGAAACUAGAACGGUGGUCGAAGAAUCAAGCGGCCCCUGGGAACCAGAUACCGAAGAGGAGCUAAAUGUGGACACUUUUCUUCAAACACAAACAACGCAGAUCAGAAAGUGCUAUGAAGCUGGUCAAUACGACCAGAUUAAUGCACUUUAUCAGUCAUUAAAGCGUAAUAAUAUCGUGCCCCCUCUAGAGGUAUACUCGAUGGUUAUAGAAUCUGUGUGCAAGCGUGAACUCGAUAAUGACAACAUUGACAAUAGAAUGUUCCAGCUUUUAAAUUGCUAUCAAGACCUGCUUAACAAUAAACUCAAACCAACUGAUGAAAUAUACAAUAUGGUCAUUGGAUGCUUGUUGAACGGUUCCAUUGUAGCUUAUGAGUCUCAUAACCCAAAUGGUCUGGAUUUCUACAAAAUUGGGGCAGAUUUGUUUCAAGCUUCGAAUGCAAGAAGAUCACAACAAUUUUCCAAACGUCUGUUAGACUGUUUCCUUCUUUCAAUGAACCUUUACCCAGGAUAUGUGCAGCUGAACUAUGUCAAGAACGUAAUUCAUAAUUCGAGCUUGUACACGAAAAGUUCCUUCUACUACGUUGCGAUGAUUUCAUAUGCAGCCCGCUUAAAUGAUAACUCUGCCGUGAAGGAAUUAUAUUCAGAUUUCAGAACUCAGUGUUUGGGCAAUGAAAACUUAAAGUCGAAUCAAUUUGAGGUUUACAGCGCCGCUCUCUCCGGACUUGUAGAGACGGGAGAUAUGGCAUUGGCUAUAAAACUUCUUGAUAAAGUUUUAGCGGAUGUCAGAGAAAAGAAUGGUAUGGUUUCAAACCUAUCGUUAGUUCUGUCAAGUUUCUUAAUUUCAGUGAGCAAAGUUGACCCCCAUAAGUCAUAUAACUUAUGGCUAGAAUUUCGCAAAUUGAAGUGGUUCCCUGAAUUAUCUUACGACUUUUAUUUGACUUUACUAGCAAACAGCUUGAAAGAUUGGGAGCUUUCGAAGAGGAUAUACGAUUACAUUUUUCCUAUGACUAGAAGCCUGAACAGUAAAGCAGGCAGCUUUUCAGAGUUUUUGUUAAAACCGAUGGGCUUAGAAUCGGUGCUCAGCUCAUUUUUAGAUUACGCUUUACAGCUCAAAGAUGCUGAGGUAGUAAUGAAGGUACUUGAAGAAUCCAUAGUAAAAUCUUUCAAAUUCGAAGUCGGGAUUUAUCCGUUUGUUUUUCAGUUUUUAAAAUCCAUUCAGUGUCCGGACGAUUAUUUAUUACGUUUCAUCGCGUCACAUGGUUCUUUGAUGAAACAAAGCAAAGAUAAGUUCGAGUUCCUAAAUGGGCUGAUUGACAGUUAUCAAUCUCAAGUUAUCCUCACUAGGGUAACUGAGAUGAAAUUUUUUACUGACUAUUGCCGCUCUUUCAAUCCAGCGGAUAGUCGAUACAUAAACCACAGUGGUUUAAUAGCAUGCUUCCAGAGUCUAUGGAGGUCACCUCAAAUCAUCGAAAAGUACCUGUACAAUUUGGAGCUACAUGGUUUGAUUAUUGGGAAGAUUUACGACCUUGACAAUUACUAUAACGUCAUGGAGAAUGAGUAUCUAGUUGAAUUUAAGUCAGAUGUUACUGAGAAAUUCAAAAAGCUAGUAAUGAACUACAAAAGAUUGAGUUUGGAUCCCACCCAAGUCUCAGGUGUCGUUGUACAAGGCAUGAAGGCAGUGAAUUUAUCUGAUGAGUUUUCCAGCUACUUUACCCAUCCAGGUGAUUGGGACAAGUCAUACCCUCUAUCUCUCGGUUCUCUGAUUAGAACUUCUUUGAAUACAGGUAUAAAGACAUACCAGAGACUGUAUUCUGAGGGCUAUUGUUUCGACUACGACACUUAUAAAGAGCUUAUCUAUCAGAAAGUCAUAGAUGAGACGAUUAUCACCAAAGCAAUUGAACUUUGUCCAGAUGAGGACCAGCAUAAGUAUUUGAGCAAUUGUUUGGUAGUAAAAACUUUCAAUCAAGAUUUGGAAUCCAAAAUAGUUAAUCAUCCCAUGUUUGAAUCUAAAAUUCUUCCGUAUUUGAAGGAUAGUUCACUUUUACGAAUUGCAAAGAAUACGUCAAAUACGCGCAAAUUCGCACACAAGAUUCAAUUUCCCAAGAGAUUUAAGAGCAUUGCUGUACAAGCCGAAAAUAGAUCAACUAUUGGUUUUAUUUACGAACAUCUAUUCCUGGAAAAAGAUUUUGAUUCAAUUCUAAAGUUUAAUAAGGUUUGCCCAGUUUUGGAUGUUUCUCUGCUUCUAAAGUCCUGCGUGCGAUCGGGAAAUUACGAUGAGUAUGAAAAACUUUACGCAAAGUUCAAGAACAGCCUUGGUAAUGAGGCAUUAAAUGUGCAUGCGGAAUAUCUGGUAAAUCUAAACAAAAUCGAUGAAGCUAUCUGCUUGAUCAAAUCCGCACCUAAGGAUACCAAGCAUAAGUCGAGUGAUUUGCUGUCCUUCGCUCUAUUUUUGAAAAGUUUUAAAACAGACGUUUUGUAUGUGGAACACAUAGAAAACACAUUACAGUUAGCCAACGUGAUCUCGAUCCAGCAAUCAUUUUCUUCUAUGAUAUCUGUUUACCAGACGCUACUUGGCGAUCGGUCGGUCAUGCAAAAUAUGAAGCUGAAUAAAGCUGUGAACUUGGAAAUCGCGGAGCAAAUGUUAAACAAUCUUUGCGACGCACUUCAGUUUGUAGAUCUGAAGAAUGAACAUGCCCAGAAGGUUUUCUUCAAUAAAUUGAAGAACUAUUUGAGAUUUAGAGUUUUUUUAAAACUCCCAGAACUGAAUAAUCAUGAAUUCAACCAAAUUUUAGAACUAUAUUGCUUGUUAUCUCCCCCUUCUGUGGACAGAUUAUUCAACAAUAUUGUGGAAACUAUUUACUUGAACUCAGGUGCUAGGCAGCUAUAUCUUCAAAAUGACUUGAUUUUCAAGUUCACACCUGAGCAGAUUUCGAACAUUGUCGAUCGUAUUGGAUGUUUUUACCAUUCUGAAAAGAAUGAGGAAAAUGAACAGAAGGCUGAGGAUCUAAAAAAGCUUUUGAACCAGGUGUACCCGGUCGAAUGA